GGUAAAUACAGAUCAGCAGUGGAAAAAGACGCACUGAACGCUGAAUUCAUGACAUGGAAACCAAAAUCAUCUACUUCACAGUGAAUGGAAGACCAGAGCAGGCGGAGUUCACUGUGGACUGUCCAGCUCAGGAUGUCAAAGAUUUGUUCCGUUCUGCAGCCGAGGCAGGACCCCAUGACAUUUUGAAGCUGUACAACCCUAAAGGCAACAUCAUUAACAUCUCCCCGAGACUGGAGCCCAACAGCCCGAACUCCCGCUACAAGCUGGAGGUGGUGGCUGCCGACUGCAACAGUGAGCCGUUAGGUGCAGAGCUUGCCGGUGCACUAGGAUUUGACCUGUUAUCCAUGGAGAAAAGACUGCAGGGUCUGGAGAAGAAGAUCCUGAUCGAGGCUGGAGAGACUCCUGCAGUCGUGUAUGAGAUGAAGAAACAGGUGGAUUCAUUCAGAGAGAAACUGGAGAGUGUGGAGCACCUCAGCUGGCUGGGAUUAUUCAAAGAUCUGUCAGAGGGAACACACAAACCUUCUCCGUUUUACCACAAGAGAACGUUGCGUAAAACCAGAGAGGAGUGUGAGCACGUACGCGAGAAGUUCCUUCAGAUGAGCUCCCUGGAGGUAUCUGAGGAAGUGAGGCAGUACUUAAAGACUCCCACAUUUGAUAACUGGCAGUGGGAGGAUUCAGAGAUCAUGGUUCUCCUACAGGUCAUGUACACAGACUUGGAUUUCAUCGCAGCCUUUAACAUCGAACCUGAGGUUUUACAGCAGUUCCUGUUCGAAGUAUAUCGAAGAUACAACAACAUACCCUUCCACAACUUCAAACACUGCUUCUGUGUUACCCAGAUGAUGUACGGUUUGAUCUGGUUGACCAAUCUGAGGAGUCAGAUGGAAAGCAUCGACCUGCUGAUCAUGUUGACCUCUGCAGUCUGCCAUGACCUCGACCACACAGGAUACAACAACGCCUACCAGAUAAACGCUCGGACUGAACUGGCUCUUCGCUACAAUGACAUCUCUCCUCUGGAAAACCACCACUGUGCUGUAGCGUUUGAGAUUCUAGAGAAGACAGAGUACAACAUCUUCAGAAACGUGUCCACGGAUCAGUACAAACGGAUAAGAGAGGGGAUCAUAAAAUGCAUUCUGGCUACAGAUAUGACACGGCACAAUGAGAUCCUCAACAAGUUCAAGUCCAUCCUUCCAACUUUUGACUUUAACAACAAGGACCACAGAGAUGUGCUGAUGAUGAUCCUUAUCAAAGUGAGCGACAUCUCUAAUGAGGCUCGACCCAUGGAGGUGGCCGAGCCCUGGUUGGACUGUCUUCUGCAGGAGUUUUACAACCAGAGUGACAUGGAGAAGCUGGAGGGUCUUCCGGUGACCCCCUUCAUGGAUCGGGACAAAGUCACCAAGCCGUCGUCUCAAACCGGCUUCAUCAGAUUUGUCCUUCUGCCCCUCUUCAUCGAGCUGGCCAACCUCUUCCCAUGCCUGGAGCAACAUAUUAUCGACCCUGUCCGAAAGGCUCUGAACUACUACACAGAAAUGGAAAAAGCACUGGAGCAGGAGAAACAGAACCGGGCUCAAAGCUCCACUGAAAGCCAGACUGGACCUGGACCUGAAACCUCGAAAGCAGAAUCAAAGUGAAGUAAUGGUGGUGAAGUGAAGAGCGGAGGACUGUAAACUGAUUUAGAUGUUUUUGGAUGACCACAUUUGUCCUGACACCUGUUUGUGUACUGGUCCACUCACAGAACUGUAAGCUCUUCGAAGCCGUUUGCGCUAUAGUUUUGUUGUAUGCAUUAUCUCAGUAGAUGACAAGUAUUAGGUGGUUAUUUUUCUGCACAGUCCUGGUCAUAUUUCAACAGUAGUUUUGUCCACUCUAACUGAAAAGGCUUUUGUUGUUUCAUGUUAUUGAACCAAUAUUUGAUGAUGUGCAAAUACUAAUAGAGUAUAGCGAACAGUUUGAACAAAAUAACUUUUUAAUGUUAAGAUAAAGUUCAUUAUUUCAUCAUUUCCUUGUCUCUAGAUAACAAAGCUUCAUUCUUGUGAUACCAGGUUCAUUUAUCUAACUGGGUCAAAAAA